UGUGGUGGGAGCUUCCAAAAGGACACAACCUGCACAGAGACACGUUUCCGAGCACUUCUCUCAGGCGGGUGCCUCAUCUACUAACUCGCUCAGAGCUCACGGCAACUCAGUAAAUUUCAUCCCCGUCUUACAGAUGAGGAAACUGAGGUACAAGAAGCUAAGUGACUUGCUCAAGGACACUCAGCUACUAAGUGGCAGAAGCAGGAUUCUGCCCACACAGAGCCGAGGUGACCUACAUGAACAUGACCGCCUACAACAAGGGCCGGCUGCAGUCCUCCUUCUGGAUUGUGGACAAGCAGCACGUUUACAUCGGCAGUGCGGGUUUGGACUGGCGAUCCCUGGGGCAGAUGAAAGAACUCGGUGUCAUCUUCUACAACUGCAGCUGCCUGGUCCUAGAUUUACAAAGGAUAUUCGCUUUAUAUAGUUCAUUAAAAUUCAAGAGCAGAGUUCCUCAGACCUGGUCCAAGAGGCUCUAUGGAGUCUAUGACAAUGAAAAGAAAUUGCAACUUCAGUUGAACGAAACCAAAUCUCAAGCAUUCGUGUCGAAUUCUCCCAAACUCUUUUGUCCUAAGAACAGAAGCUUUGACAUAGAUGCCAUCUACAGUGUGAUAGAUGAUGCCAAGCAGUAUGUGUACAUCGCCGUCAUGGAGUACCUGCCUAUCUCCAGCACAAGCACCAGAAGGACCUACUGGCCAGACCUGGAUGGGAAAAUAAGAGAAGCAUUAGUUUUGCGAAGCGUUAAAGUUCGACUCCUUAUAAGCUUUUGGAAGGAGACUGAUCCCCUUACAUUUAACUUUAUUUCCUCUCUUAAAGCUAUUUGCACUGAAAUAGCCAACUGCAGUUUGAAAGUUAAAUUUUUCGAUCUAGAGAGAGAGAACGCUUGUGCUACAAAAGAACAAAAGAAUCAUACCUUUCCUAAAUUAAACCGUAACAAGUACAUGGUGACGGACGGUGCAGCUUAUAUUGGAAAUUUCGACUGGGUAGGGAAUGAUUUUACCCAGAAUGCGGGCACGGGCCUCGUUAUCAACCAGGCGGAUGUGAGGAACAACACGAGCAUCAUUAAGCAACUUAAAGAUGUGUUUGAGAGGGACUGGUACUCACCCUACGCCAGAAGCUUACAGCCGACCAAACAGCCAAACUGCUCCAGCCUGUUCAAACUCCAGCCCACCUCAAACAAAACUGCCACUUACAGUGCGAGUGGGAAGGUCCCCGCGAGUGCAUAACACGGACAAACACACUGCAGGACAGCUCGUAUUUCAUAUUUAUAUAUAAAGGGGCUGAGGAGAGAAACCAAUUUAAUAUGUCUUUUUUUAGGGAAAAAAGCACACUUAUAGAAAACAAUCUCUGAUCGCCAUGUAAUAUCUAACAAUAUCUUAGCGGGGCAUACAUUACAUUUAAGACUUUUGUAUUUGUUACUUCCGACAGAAUGUCAUUUUGGCUUGGAAGUUAGUUUUUACGUUUGCAUACCAAUUUUAAGCCUUUGAUGCCUCUUUGUUUCUAGUUUUAGAACUUUUUCUGUUGACCUACCUGGUCAGUUCUUAGGACGCUUCGCAUGAAGUAAGCUCUUUAACACGAUUCUCAGAACUGCUCACUUAGGAGAGUGGGAUUCCACCCGAAGAAGAGAUCAAACCAAGUAUUUAUCCUUGUCAACCAUCUCCAAGACCUGUACAGUCACCUAAGGGUGAAAUUCUCACGCCAGCCUUCAGUACUGGUGAAAAUACCCUUUCUGCGUCCUUAUUCAUCUUCCUCUACUACCAUAGCUUUUAUUUUGUAUCAUUUUCUCUUCUCACAAAAUGUUCUUAGGAUACAGUGUCUCUAUAUUCACCUCAACACUAGUUGCAAGUAUGAUAAUAUCUUUGAAAAGUGUAUGAUUUCCUCGGAAUGGAUACAAAAUGGAAAUAGCAAUCUUUAAUUUUCACCUUUCAACUGCAUUUUUCCCUACCAAGUUGGUAUUUUAAAACCACAGCCAGCAAUAUGUAUCCUUCCUCUCAAGCUCAGAAAAUUAUGUAGCCACCUGCUAAUAUCCAGCAAGCUAUUAAGUCUGCAUCAUGCGAAUAGAGUAGUUUUUCAUUUUUUUUUAGUUGAUAGUAUUUUAAAAGAACGAUCUCUAUGCGUCAGUGGAUUUUAAUUUCUUUAGAAUCAUUAUGCUGUUAAGAGUAUGCCAGCAAACGUUUAUAGAGCUAUUUAAUAUACCUUCUGCUAUUUAAUAUACCAAAUGCUUUUCAGAGAAAUGCAAUUUAAAUACUGUGCUUAACAUAUUUUACUAAGAAACAAAAAUCCUGGAUUAUCGUUCUAUAAUGUCAUUGUGUGUCACUGUUUUAUAUCUAUACAAUAUAUUACCCUAUAUUAAUAGAGACUGUUGCUACACGCGAGAGAGGCAUGGCCUCUUCACAGCCAGAGCAGGUGGCCCCGUCUCAGGGCUGCUCCUGAGUCUCUGUGGCCUGGAAUAGUCCUGCGCCCCUUGGCCUCCAGUUUCCAUUGGUAAUGUAGGGACGGGAAAUACCUACCUCUCGAAGAUGUUGUCAUGGUAGGAAACAUUUAUAACUUGUUUUGAAAUCAAAAGAAACUAUAUAAAUGCUAAGCAUUAUGAUAUAGAAUCUUUUUCUUGAAAUAAUCUUUGUGGUAUCCUGAUAAAAUCAAUACCAGGUUCUCCCAAAGAACCUACACAAAAAAAAAACAUGUUCACACCUCCCAGCUGCGAAUGUGGAGGAACGCAGCAAUGGAGUUUGGGGUCGUCAUCGUGUCGUCAGUCACUUUGUCAUAGAUAACAGCAACGCAAAACUGGGCAUCGUGCUAGGGGUCGUCUUCAAGACUGGCAUGUCCAUGUGUUUUUGGAGCAAAGAAAAGCAAUCUAAAUUACUUUUUUCUAUUUCUAGAUUUGAUUUCUCAUAUGCCAGGAGGAGUGAGGAAGGAAUCCUUGAAGCUUCCAAUGGUUUUGCUUGACGUAGAAUGGCUACUGUUGGUCAUCUAGCAAUCACAUAACUUCCUUUCUUGUUGUUUCCAAGUAUUGCUUUACUGGAUAUUUAACAAACAGUGGAGAGAGCUGGAAGACAGCUGUAUUUUAAGGGUAGCAUGUUUGUAUGAAUGACCGGGGGAUUCUUAAUGAAAUUCACCAAUAAUGGCCAGCCCAUAAAACUCUAAAUAUUUACCAUAUACCCAAUUCUUGUUUGAGUAGGGAAAUUAUGCAGACAAUCAUCUCAGUAAAGGAAAGGUGUUUUUGGUGAUGGUUAAAAAAACAAAAACAAAAACAAAAACAAACAGAGAGAAAAAGCAAAAGAAAGCAAGAAAAGAGGAGGCAUAGAGACAAACAUACCAAGUUCAAUCCUGGGCAGAGAAAAGAAACCUGGUCGGAGUUCGCAAAGGACAUAUGAAGGGAGGAGAGAUGGUUACUUUCUUGUUAGUUCCCAAGUUGUCUCCUGGGGUGUUUGUCACAGCCAUGGGACAGCAAUAUGCCUGGUGUAAUGGAGCCCCUUCACUCUCACUAUUUUUUGCAUGUGAUAGGAGAACAGAAUUUUGUCCUCUGUGAAAUGAGCAUCAUUGCCAUUUCCUUCUGAGUCCCAUCAAAAAAGUAGCAUGAGAACCUGUGCCUGGGGUGUUUUCGCCAUCCACCAGCAGCAGCAGAGCCCUGCUUGGCCCAGCAGCCCUCCGCCUCAAGGAGGUCCAGACAGUAGGUGCAGGUGACUGACUCCAGGAGUCAGGGGGUCCAUAGAAGGCAAUGCUGGCCUUCUUUGGCAGCCAGGAAAAUGCCCCCUGUGUAGAGAGUGUCCUAAAUGGUCCAUGUCUCCUAAGAGGAAAUUUAAUUCUGCAGAACUUUCUUUUUCCUGUGGAUGCUUUGCCUACCCCUCCAGAAGGAGUCUUCCUCUAUUUUAGGCUGUGCAAAAUAGACUACCAACUUCCAUUUCCUGCACUCAAACGUCCUAGGAUUUAUUUCCCAGGGGAUCGGGGAAGGAAAGCAAACACACUUUGAGACUAUAUUUUUGAUUUUGGUGUGACUAACAUUAACUUAGUGCCUUAUUUAUCCUUGAGCAUUGAUUUUAAACAGUGAUUCACUAUAUGAGAAUAUUUCUGCUUACUGUGGAGUUCAGUACGCACUGAUGGGCCUUCCAGUUGAAAACUUACAUGAGUGACAGUUUUUAUGCAACCUGCCCUCCUCCCAAGUCACACAACUUUGAUCACCCCCAGAUCAGAUCACUGACACACGCUGUCAAAUAUCAGUACUAUUGACAUCUAUUAUACUGCCACUGUCCAGUAGCAUAUCAAAUAAUUGAAUCACAGCUUAUGAAACCACUGGAGAAGGCAUGGAACAUUCUGGGUUAUAUCCAGGCUCUGUAAACUGCACACUUCGGGUACCUGAAAAUAAUAGGUGUGAGGCACCCUGAGAAUGCCCUCACUGUCUUUAAAGGACCUUGUAAAGAGAUGCUUACGGGACUUCUAGAGUCUUGUAGGAUGCAGAAUAAAAACUAGCUUCUUUAAAAAGUCAAAGCAGACUCAGUGAAAGAAAUGAAAGGACCGCGGAAAACUGCAUCUGCGUAGCUCGGGGCAUCGCUUUUCCCAUCCGGGCUGUGUUUAUGCUGUCGAUUGUCGCAUUUCUGAUUUGGUUCUUAGUGAGAUGGGUCUGAUCACAUUUUGGGUUGGUCUUACCCUUUGGAAAAUGUGUUUCGUUAUUGCAGUUACUGGUUUGUUAAAAGUGCCUCGCUGAACCUGGGACUGACAGAAACUCAUCGCCCGCCAGCCUGUGGCUAUUCUUAAGUGAUUUUGAUUAUUUCUGAGUUUCCUGUUUGUUUUUAGAAAUGUUUAUGGAACUAAAUUUCAAGGGAAAAUAAAAAUAAAAGACUAUAAGGAUUUCUUGAUAAGAUCAGACCCAGGGUCCAUCUGUCUCAGGAAUUCUAUCCCAGAAUCUGCCUUUUUAUCAUAUGUAUGACCAUUUGUGUGAGUUUCUUUGUCCAAAAUUCAUUCCAUUAUUAUUAACAUUUAAGUAAUGUAAAAAGCUGUCUUCACUCACAACAGAACGGUUUUCUUCUAUAAUGAAAGAUACUUUGCUAUUGCUUAUUUAAACUCAGUCCUUUAAAAACAGCCCCAUAUAUUGUGGAAAAAUGUUCAAUUCUUUGGUUUUCUCUACUUAUUCUCAGUGAACUAGUAUACUUUAUUAUAAGCCUUUUGGAGGAGAAAUUAAGGUAAAUUGGAUAAAUUAAUCCAUUUUCAGCAUUUUUCUAUUUGCUGUGAUUUAGCAUCUUUUCUUUUCUUUUUAUAUGUUGGUAACCAAAUAGCUAUUUAUCAUUUUUGCCUUAUUGGUUUUAAAUUGGUGAAAGCUUUUCAAUAAUCCUUAAGUCAACCCCAGUGCAUAGCUUGCCUUUCCCAUUUGAGAAAAUUUCCAUCUUUGGCUAAAUUAUGAAGAUAUUGUUUAUUUUGUUUGUUUGUUUGUUUGUUCGUUCGUUUGUUUUUUAUGGUCACUAGACAGGUAUUCUUCAGAACCUUCUUGAGAUUGUAAAACUGAAUUUUCUUAUUUUUGACCCAGUUGCAGUCUUGUACUUACAGAGUUCUAAAAAAGUUACUGAUCACUUAUGUUCCUUUUGGCAAUUUGAUGAGAAAGAACUGUGAGAUUUAAUAGGCUGUUAUGCAUUUUCUUUUGCUAUGUUCAACUACUAAACUUCUAAUUCUUUUACAAAGGAUAUCUUGAAUUUUUAAUGUUUCUUUAUGUAAAUAGGAUGAAGUUGUACCUGGAGAUAUCUAUAUUAUUAACCUUAAGAUACCUAAAUAAAUUGGUGUGAUAAAGGGCUGAAUUUGGGAGCAUUAUUAAAAUUCUCAAAUCUUUCAUGUAACCAAGUGCUCCAUUUUUUCAAAAGUAAAUAUUAUAUGUUUUUGUUUUCAUUCUGAGAGAUGAGACAUUUACUUUUCCCUUCAACUUGAUCCCAGAAACGAACCACUCUCUUACAAGCGUCCAAGCUGUAUUCUGAGUGAUGAAUAAGUAAAUGCAGCUGGCCCAAUGGGCUAUGUUCUCAUCAUUUUGCAUAUUUGCUCAAGGAGGCAUCUUUGUAACAGUAUUUCUGUCUUUAUAUAAAAAGUUUGUUUUCAAUAUGUCUUGAUUUUGGGUAAAUAAAUAAUUAUUUUUUUAGUGAAGAAUCCACUGUAGAGACCAGGCUGUACAUUCUGGCCCAGUGACAGAAAAGGCAUUUAUAGAUACAAUUUGAGCUGCUUCCUAUACUUCCCCACCACACUCUCCUCUUUCCAGGCUCAACUCCAUAAUCAAAAGACCAGGUAUCUGCUUAAUAAAUCCAUAUUAAAUCACAGGUUUAGUGGAUACUUUGAAAGCCAUCCAAACCAACUCCUCCAAAUGUGCAACUUUCCUUCCCAUUUGGCCUCAGAAGCUGAGAGUCUAUCAAGCCAAAUGUGUUUGAGUGCUGUUCUCACAGAAGACCAACAUGGAAUACAAUUAUGUUGACUUGCUAAACUGAAUCAGAUUUAUCUCUGAAAGAAUGUGCAUGGUAUGUGAUAAGGUGGGUACCUUUUUAUAAAAAGAAGAAAUCUGAAAAUGCAUACAUUUUUUAAGGGUAUCAUUUGAGAGUUUAACAAAGGCUUGAUAAAGCCAGCUUUCUGAAUCUGCAUAGUCAAUAAUUAUUUGAUUUUAUCAGCAUUUUCUGAAUCUUUUAAUUUAUGGCUUCUUCUUCUUCUUCUUCUUUUUUUUUUUAAUUGGGCCAACAGUCUAAUCCUGUGCAAGGAGUCCAGUUAAAUCAUAGUAAAGGUGAAGAUUAUUUGUGAUUUGUUUUUAUUUCAUAUGAAAGAAAAAUUAGUAAGUGGAAUAGUUCUCCUUUUAUAGAACAGAUAUCUGGCUCUCAAACCCAUUCCUUUUAGCUUCAGACAUGUUGAAAAUUUGUUAAUUCCCUCACAGACUGUACUAUCACCAUGGGUAGAAUGUACUGAGGAAUAGUUGAGAAAUUCUAAGUUUAUAAACACAAACACGGACACAUGUAGUUUCUAAUUUAGAGUGUCCAUGUAAGUAUACAAUAAGUUUUGGGAUUAUGACCUCAAUUUUCAGGAUUAAAAAUAUUGAAAUCAUAUAUGACUUUCCAGUAUGAAUGGGGGAAGAUCUUUAAAGACAACUCAGAAAAUAUGUUCCAACAACAUUCAUGUGACUCAAAGUUUAAUUUAUAACUUCACUUACUUUCACUUAAAAGUACAGAUUAUCUGCUUCUUUUGAAAGUGCAUGUUACUAAAGGCAACAUCUCCCCCACCAAAUGUAAUAAAAGAAAGGCAGUGACGUGGUUUCAGGGAGGUUAUGGUAUCGAUAGAGCACCAUGAGAAAAUGUCACUGUGACACAAAAGCUGCUUUGUCCCCAGCAGUAGAGCUGCGUGUUACCAUGUUCCAUGAGUGGGUCUGUGCUUGUCCUGGAGAGAGCACAUCCAUGCUCCUGCAUAAGUAGAAUUAUGUUUUCUGCCCUGUGAGCACUCACCACUGGUCACAGCUAAUUGUACCAAUGUUCAUACCUGACUCAAACCCAUUUUUAGGCCAGAGUGCGGCCUAGGGAAGGAGACAUAUGCAGCACUGAUGUUGGAUGACACCUGGCCCAGCCAAUCAGAGCCCUCCUUUAGGGAAUCUAAAUAUGAGACACAGAAAACAAAUGAGUAGUGCCAAGAGCAGCCAAAAGAGAAGAACUGAGUCACCUGAUGGUAUCACCUUAGAGUAAUGGCAACUACUUCUUCAGUUAAGCCAAGUAGAGUUCUUGUGGAUUCACUACUUCUGCUCUUAGGUUACUGGAAUAAUAAUGACUGAUUCCUGAACAAUGAAGCCGGACUUUGUAGUACUG